AUGGAUCCGUUGAGGACUACUUGCUUCUAUUUCCUUUUGAUCGUCAUUGUCAUCCUUUCCCGGACAUGUUUAUGCGAUUCUCGUCGUCUUGGACCCAUAGAGAAGAAACUUGGUGAGAGUCGUGAUCACUUACUUGAGAAGAACAACGAAGAGAUAACAAAACAAGGCGCUCCCUCAACAAACGAGACGAAAACCUUAUUGAGCGAAGCACCGAUUGAACAUGCCGUAGUUAAUCAUGGUCAGACCAAUGGGAAUAGUACGAAGGACGAUUUCAGAGUAAAAGGAGAUUCACUAGAUAAAACCGUGCCGUCUAAAAGAGUCUCGAGAACUUGGAAAGUUCCCAAAUUUUCAAAGAAGCAGCAUAGAUCAAAUCAGGAACAGCCAGCAUUCAAUCUCGAUUAUAUGCAGCCCACCACGCAUCCGCCUCAUCAUAAUUAA